UUCUUUUGACCAUAAAGUUACAUGGUGGAGGAAGUAAAUAAACAUGACCGAGGCAACGGCUUCACUCUAUGACUACAAAAGCACACCUCCCAAAGUAGCGUAGGUCCCCUUUCCUCAUCUCACCCGUUCAAAACAAAGGAAACGCAAAAAAGUGACGUGAAAGCUUAGAGAGACACUCCCUAGUCCUCGGCACAAAAGAAGCAUUGCCUGUAUUAACUAAAACCUUGGCUUUUCUCAGCUCUCUGUCUUCCUCAGUCUUUCCCUUCCCCUUCCCCUUCCCCUUCCCCUUCCCCGUCCUCCUCUAAGAAGAAGGAAAUGGAGGAGAAUGGGCUGCGUUCUUCCCCGCGUUUAACUCCAGCCACUCUGCUGCUGCUAUUGCUACUGCUUGUGUACUGUAACUUUUCUUCGGUGGUGUCUUCUUCUACUACUGCUGCUUUGGAAGGGGACCUCAGUGCUCUGCUGGAGUUCAAGGCCGCGUGCGACUCGGGCGGGAGGCUGGCGAGUUGGAACCGGUCCGACCCCUCGCCGUGCGUGUCCUGGCACGGGGUCACCUGUGCCAGGGGCCGGAUCACUCGGCUUGUCCUUGAAGACCUCGACCUCCCCGGCCCUGCCGGCCUCCCGGCCCUCACCCGUCUCGACCAGCUCCGGGUUCUCAGCCUUAAGUCGAACCGCCUCUCUGGGCCCAUCCCCGACCUCUCGCCGCUCUCCGCCCUCAAGCUUCUUUUCCUCGCCCACAACGAGCUCUCCGGACCCAUCCCCCCGUCCGUCGCCUCGCUCACUCGCCUCUACCGACUCGACCUCGGCUCCAACAACCUCACCGGCUCGGUACCGGCCUCGCUGAACCGGUUGUCCCGCCUGCUCACCCUCCGGCUCGACUCAAACCGGCUGUCCGGUCCCAUCUCCGGCCUCGUGCUACCCCGCCUCCAAGACCUCAACCUGUCGUCGAAUCUGCUCUCCGGAGCCGUGCCGCCGUCGCUCGCUGCCUUCCCCGCCGCCGCAUUCGCCGGGAACCCAGCCCUCUGUGGCGGGCCCCUUUCCACCUGCCGCGACGUGGUCAGCAAUCCCAGCCACCCCUCGGCGAGCGCAGCGACCCCCGUCCCCUCAGCCGCCACGGUCGUAGCUUCCUCCUCGUCCGCCAAGCCCGAGGUCGCUCCUCCUCACCAUGCCGCCGCCGACGCUGGUCGCGGAGGUAUGAACAGGGUGGCCGUGGCGACCAUCGUCGUAGGCGACUCGGCCGUGCUCGUCCUCGUCUCCGGCCUCCUCUUCUGCUGCUUCUGGCGCAAGUUCGCCGGAAGGAGCCCAUCCCGCCUCCACGAGGGGGAAAAGAUAGUCUAUUCCUCCGGCCCCUACGCCAUCCAGGGCAACGCAGCGGGCGCCACCGCCGGGGGCGGAUUCGAGAGGGGAAAGAUGGUGUUCUUCGAAGGAACGAAGCGGUUCGAACUGGAGGACCUCCUCCGGGCCUCGGCGGAGAUGCUGGGGAAGGGCGGUUAUGGGACGGCCUACAGGGCGGUGCUCGAUGACGGCACCGUGGUCGCCGUCAAUCGCCUCCGCGAGGUCCACCUCGGGGGCAAGCGCGAGUUCGAGAGCCAGAUGGAGACACUCGGGCGCUUGCGGCACCCCAACCUUGUCUCACUCAAAGCAUACUACUACGCCCGCGACGAGAAGCUUCUCGUAUACGACUACAUGCCCAAUGGCAGCCUCUUCUUCCUCCUCCAUGGGAACCGAGGGCCGGGGAGGACGCCACUGGACUGGACGACGAGAAUGCGGAUCGCGUCUGGGGCGGCGAGGGGAUUGGCGUUCAUCCACCAGGCGAGCCGCUCGCCGAAGCUGACGCACGGCAACAUCAAGUCCACCAACAUCCUUCUCGACAAGGAGGGCAAUGCACUGCUCGCCGACGCCGGGCUGGCCCUCCUGGGAACGGGCGCCGCGGCGGCCGGGAGGGCCAACUGUUACCGGUCACCCGAGGCACCUGUCGACGGGCGACGACCAUGGGCGUCGCAGCGGGCGGACGUGUACGCCUUCGGGGUGGUGCUGCUGGAGCUGCUGACAGGGAAGCCGGCUGCGAACGGCGGGGCGUCGGCGGUCGACCUACCGCGGUGGGUGCAGUCGGUGGUGCGCGAAGAGUGGACGGCGGAGGUGUUCGACCUGGAGCUGAUGCGGUACAAGGGGAUCGAGGAGGAUAUGGUGGCAAUGCUCCAGAUCGCCAUGAGCUGCAGCGCGAUCGUCCCUGACCAGCGACCAAAGAUGAGCAACGUGUUGAAGAUGAUCGAGGACAUCCGUGGCGGCGGCGGGGGCGGCGGAGACGUCUCGUCCUCUCAUGAUUCGUUCGACUCGGUCUCGGACUCGGCUUCUGGAUCCGACGCGGCCUAAUAGCCGUCGGAUGAUGAGUAAUAAAUAAUAGAUGAUCGUGGUACAUAUAUAAAAUGAAAACCUGGAUUCCAAAUGUUGUGUCCUACUCAACGGACGUUGUCAUCAUCCUCUCCAUACGAUUUGAUGGAUGCAGUGCAACAUCUUUGGAUGCCGAGGAAGCCGUAUCAUAUUCCGAUGUGGGUUGUCUCGUAGGCUCUGGAGUGGUCUCCAUCAUGGUCACAGCAAAGAAAGAGAAAGCAGUGAAUGCUGCAGCAGCGGCAGCAGAGUGAUGUCUAUGGGAAGUGUGUCAGGCUUGUCAGCGCGUAGCGUGACUGCGUGGAAGUUGCAGGACCUUUACCACGCGUCUUUGGUAAGUCCAAGCAUUGAGCUAUUUGUGCAGGUUACGUGAGAUCGAGAGCGGAGAGCGGAGAGCGGAGAGGCGGAGAGCAAGAUGGUACCGACAAGAGGAAGGGACAAGAAAACGGUCUCCACGGCGAAACGGUAUGAUGGUGGAUCGAAGAUUAGCAGUGGUUGAAACAUGAGCUGCAGCAAUAAUGAUACUACUCGUCAUGGCUUCUGUAGCGGUUUUGCCGGUCUCUCCUUAUCCUCUUGUGGGGGACAGGACGUAAGAAGGGGAUUCGCGUCAGCACACGUCUCCUGGAUACUUGUGCUGACUCGAUCGUUUCUUCACGGUUGAUGGACGUUCUUCGACGAUCAUCACAGAUCUCAUCAUUCAACGACAUCCUUGGAUCUUAUAUUGUAACAUCCGUUGAAACUCAUCAGCCCUUACAGAGAGAGAUCUCAUGUUGUUGACCCAUUCAACAAUUAUGUGUUUCAUCGACUUUCCUCAA